CCAUCUUGAUUCUUGAUCCAAAUUCAUUAUACUUUUCUUUUUGUAUUAUUACAUUACUUGCAAUGUUACUAUUAUUAUAAUCUUCUUAUAUCUUAGAUUAUACUAUAUGACCAAUGACUCAAUACGCUACUGAGUCGGUUUCUUUUCUCUAUUCUUUUUUUCUUUCUUUCUUUUCAAUAGUAAACGCAAAAGCUCACAAACAACACAAUUUCUGCUGGGUCUUCUCUUCGGGGUCAGACUCUAAAAGCAAGCAUCUAUCUAAUUGAUGGAAGCGUGUUUUCGUAAUUUUAUUUCAUUUUAGUUUUUGUUAUUAUUUCAUGAAUCAUGAUCAUCGUCUUCUUCUCUCGACAAAACCAAUAAGUGUCCACUUCUUUUCACGUUUUCAAUCGUUCUAGUCUUUGUUCUUUGAUCUUCAUUCAUUCUUUUUCGAUCACAUCAUUCUUAACGACACCAUUAAUUACCACCUUCAGUUUCGUUAACAAUCAAUAUUUUUUUUUUUCAAUUUUGUUUUCAAACAUUGAAGUUUAACCUUCUUUGAAAUCCCAUCACCACCGUUAUGUUGCCAAGAAACCCUUCAUACACAAACCCAGAACCCUGCCAGCACCUUGCUGAGUACAAGCUCAAGCAUGGCUUCAAUGGCUACAAAGCCAUCCAAAAGCUCCUCGUGACCUCUCCAAUUGGGAAAACCAGUGUGAAGAAACCCAACACAAAGGUACCCAGAUGCGGUUUCUGUAAUGGGUGUGAAGGGAGGUUCUAUCUAUGCCUGAUUUGUUCUUCAUUUUCAUGUUUGGAUCACACCCUUUUGCACCCUCAAUCUGAAUCUGGUCAUGCUGUAUUUGUAGACAUUGAAAGGACUGAACUUUAUUGUGGAGUGUGCCGUGAUCAAUUGUAUGACCCUGAUUUUGACCAAGUUGUGAUGUCUAAGCACUCAAUGGGGGUGGCAGGUGGUGCCACUGGGAAUGAAAGCAUUGGCCAGAGAUUGAUCAAGAGGAGGAGAUUGGUUUCUGGGAUUGUUGGAUUGGAUUUGCAGAAAUCUAAGUGCAGAGUUUCCACCAAAGAUCUGAGGGGAAAAUCGUGUUAUCCUUUGGGGUUGAGGGGGUUGAACAAUCUUGGUAGCACGUGCUACAUGAAUUCUGUGUUGCAAGUGUUGCUACAUGCACCUCCUUUCAGAGACUAUUUCCUGAGUGGUGGACAACGUUUGGAAGCUUGUCAUCAUAGAAGAGCCACGGAUCUGAUGUGUUGUUUGCUUUGUGAUGUCAAUGCUAUUUUUUCGGCAGUGUAUUCGGGGGAUCGAAGUCCGUAUAGUCCUGCUCAGUUUCUCUACAGCUGGUGGCAGCAUUCAGCAAAUUUAGCAUGUUAUGAGCAGCAGGAUGCUCACGAGUUUUUCAUUUCGAUGUUAGAUGCUAUCCAUGAGAAAGAGGGCAAAACAAGGAAUGGAAGCAAAGGUAAUGGAGACUGUCAAUGCAUUGCUCAUAAGGUGUUCUAUGGGUUAUUGAGAUCAGAUGUUACCUGUAUGGCCUGUGGAUUCACCUCAACAACCUAUGACCCUUGUGUGGACAUUUCACUUAACUUGGAUACCGAUGUCUCUUCAACUGAAAAGGGUAAAAAACUUACCAAACAAAAUGAGGAUGGCAGUAUGUCUACACUUUCGGGUUGUUUAGAUUUGUUCACAAGACCAGAGAAGUUGGGGUCAGACCAGAAACUUUACUGCCAGAAUUGUCGGGAAAGGCAGGACUCGUUGAAGCAAAUGUCAAUUAGGAAGCUCCCAUUAGUACUUAGUUUGCAUGUAAAACGAUUUGAGCACUCUUUUGUUAAAAAGUGUUCAAGAAAAAUAGAUCGCUACCUACACUUCCCAUUUUCCUUAGACAUGACUCCAUAUCUGUCCUCCUCAAUCCUCAGAGCCAGAUAUGGGAAUAGAAAUUUUACUUUUGGGGGUGAUCAAUCAGAUAUGUUUUCUGAGUUCGAGAUUUUUGCAGUGGUGACACAUUCGGGGACACUCGAGUCUGGCCAUUAUGUUUCUUUUGUGCGUGUAAGGAAUCAAUGGUACAGAUGCAAUGAUGCUUGGAUAACUGUGGUUGAUGAGGCUACAGUCAGAGCUUCACAGUGUUACAUGAUUUUUUAUGUGCAAAAAACUCUGCACAAUAAAGCAAAUGAAGACCUGAGUCACGUGCCAAAUUCCCCUGGAAGAGACCUAUUUCUUCCUAUUGCUGGAUGUUGCUAGAAAAGAGGAUUAUAUUGUAAAGUGAGUACAAGUGGAUUAUAAUGUGUGUUUUCUGUAGCCAUUGAAAACAAGCUUAAUGCUCGGCGAGGGAAUUUAUUUUCUUCUGAUUUUCCCUCAGGUUUGGAGAAUCACAGUUCACAGUUAACAAAAUUGAUUUGCAAUAUGCAUCUUAAAGGUUCAGACUGCUAAAACCCGGAUAUGAGAAUGAGAAGCCAGGUUGCUAAUUUGAUUCUAAUUGAAUAUUUGCAUGUGGUUAUGUCAUAGGCAGCAUUGAAACAAAGAACAAGGAGCCAGAAGUGACUCGACUCCUUCAAAAAAUUUCACAACAUGCUUACUCAGAUUCUUUAAUUGCAGGUAGUCGUGUACAUAACCCUUUUCAACUGAUGCUAACCAAAGUUGUUCAACAACCAUUAUUACUCUUCUGUCUCCACCAAGUGAAGCGUGGAGAAAAAGAAAGUUAAGGGCAAAAAGGUGAUUGUGUGGAUGACUGUCUCCGAUUCCUGUGUCUAACAAGGACAUUGUAAUAAUACUCCUAGUCCAAUGUGCACAUUGCAUUAUGUCUGUCUUUUAUUGAGAGUGCAGAUUACUUAAAUGGGUUGCUUCUUUGGUGCACAAUAGACAAGGGUUUUGUUGAAGGCAAGUUUAUUCUUUUAAAGAUGAUGUGAGAAAUAUUAUCGCUCUAACUUUUAAGUUAUGUUUGCUGGUUGAGUGAAAAUGCUGCUAUGUGAUUAAUAAAUAUCUGAUAUUGAAGUCAA